UAUGGGAGGACGGGGUCGCAGAGGUUGUCGGGGGCAGGGGCACCGGCACCGGCGCCGCCGAGGGAUGCGAAUGAUCGGGAUGCGUUGUGGCCGCUGUUUAAGGCGGUGGAUAAGAAUGACAGUAAUCAGUUGUCGGAGAAGGAGCUGUCAACGGCGCUGGUCAAUGGGGAUUACUCGAGCUUCGAUCCGCAUACGAUACGGAUGAUGAUCCGGAUGUUUGACAUAGAUCGCUCGAACACGAUCAACUUCGACGAGUUCUGUGGUCUAUGGGGCUUCCUGCACGCCUGGAGAACACUGUUCGACCGCUUCGACGUUGACCGAUCAGGAAAUAUCCAAUACACCGAGUUUUCCGAUGCCCUCGUUGCAUUCGGCUAUCGGCUCUCUCCCCAGUUCGUGACGCUCAUCUUCAGGACGUACGACCGCCGGAACGAGAAUGCAAUAUCCUUCGACCUCUUCGUGCAAGCGUGCAUCAGCCUCAAGCGGAUGACGGACGUCUUCAAGAAGUACGACGAGGAUCGGGAUGGGUAUAUCACGUUAAGCUUCGAGCAAUUUCUCACAGGUGCGCAAGAACUCUUCCUUUUCAACAGCAUCUCCUCGGUCACUGAUACUGGCCUGUACUAGAAAUCCUGACGCAAGCUCAAUAAUGGGCGAUUGGAAUGGCAGAGUAAGAUGGUUGGUACCUUCAAAAUGGAAGUUGGAUGCGGCGUAAGGAGGAAGGAAUUGGCACUUCUUACCCUCAGAAC